AUUUGAUUGUUUAGUGUUUAGGUUUACGAAUUAUGAUUGUGUUUAUAAUAAAAGUUUCUUGACUUGCGUUUGGAUUAUGAAAAGUUAUUUUUGAAUAAGAAAUGGAAUAGAGACAAAUACAUAAUGAGCGAAAAACUAAAAGAACUUCGUGAAAGAUCACAGAAACGAAAGAAACUCCUUGCACAAACGCUUGGUGUAUCCAGUGUCAGUGAACUGAGGCAUGCAUUAGGCGCAAGUUUAGAUGUAUUGCCCAAAAAACAGGCUAUAUCCGGUUUCAGUGCUGAUGGAAAUGAGAAACCAAGUCCCAAGGAACAGGACAGCUUAGUGUACACUGAUUCGUCUACAUUUUUAAAGGGAACACAAUCGUCAAACCCCCACAAUGACUAUUGUCAGCACUUUGUGGACACUGGUCAGAGGCCACAGAACUUUAUAAGGGACGUGGGGCUAGCAGACAGGUUUGAGGAGUACCCCAAAUUGCGGGAGCUGAUUAAGUUGAAGGAUGAGCUGAUAGCUCGAACGGCAGCACCACCUAUGUAUCUAAAGUGUGAUCUCAAGACAUUUGAUCUAAAGUCAAUGGGUGUUAAGUUUGAUGUGAUACUAGUAGAGCCACCGCUCGGAGCUGGCUGGAGGUGGAAGGAUGUACUGGAUCUGGAGUUGCAUCACAUUGCACAGCCUCGCUCGUUUGUAUUCCUUUGGUGUGGAAGCUCGGAAGGUUUAGACAUGGGCCGUGAAUGUUUAAAGAAGUGGGGCUUUAGAAGGUGUGAGGAUAUUUGCUGGAUCAAAACUAACAUCAAAAAUCCGGGGCAUUCGAAGAACUUGGAACAUAAUGCAGUGUUUCAGAGAACUAAAGAGCAUUGCUUGAUGGGCAUAAAGGGAACAGUGCGAAGAUCAGUGGAUGGCGACUUCAUUCAUGCAAAUGUUGAUAUUGACUUGAUCAUAUCAGAAGAUCCUGAAUUUGGCAGCACGGAGAAACCAAUAGAAAUAUUCCACAUAAUGGAACACUUCUGCUUGGGGAGGAGACGGGUGCAUCUGUUCGGGCGCGACUCGACGAUCCGGCCCGGCUGGGUGACCAUCGGCCACGAGCUGACCAACUCCAACUUCAACGCGGAGCUGUACGCGGGCAACUUCGCGGACGGGCGCGAGACCACCGGCUGCACCGAGCGCAUCGAGGCGCUGCGCCCCAAGAGCCCGCCCGCCGGCGGCAAGGGCGCGCGCCCCCGCCCGCGCGCCGCCUUCCGCGCGCGGCCCCGCCUGCCGCGGUAGCCGGCGCCCUGGCGCCCUGGCGCCCUAGCGCCCUAGCUGUCGAGACUUGGCACCCUGUCUGCACAGACCUGGCGCACUGACUGCACAACAUGGCGCCCUUACUUCAAAUCUGACGCCCUAGCUGCAGUGACCUUACACAUACUUAUAGAAGAUAAGAGACGAUCAAUCCGUACUGUGUAAUAGAAGUUAUGACAAGAGAUGAAGACAAUGUUGAAAAAAAAGGAUUGUUCCUCAGACGUCGAAAUACGUGAUGAUUCUUUUAAUUAUCGAACGCUACGUUAUCGUUUAUUAAGAGCAAUAAUUAAUAAAAGUUCUUUUCAAUAGAUCCAAUGUAAUGAUGUAAACUGAUUUAAUGUUUGGGGGUCUUUUAAGUUAAACUGAUAAUGCGAUUUAUAUAAUGUACUGAUAUAACGAUAAUAAAAUAAAUUACUAUGAUUUUA